AUGUUUGCCAACUGGCGACAGAAAGGCCGCCGCACCUCGCCCAACCCGCUCUCUAACAUAUUUCAGCUGCAAGCGCAGGGUACCAGGAUGGCUGACGAAGAUCUUUUGCAAUUGUUGAGAAAGAUUCUUCUCGGUUUAGGACUCGCGUUGCAAUUCGGCAACUCCAUGUAUGCUGCUAGACAUGCAUGGAUGCGACCUGUGACGUACAAUCUGAUGCUCCUUACAAGCUGUGCGACAUAUGCGGGCUCAUUUAUUCCAUUGUUCGCUGCGAAAACGGACGAUGAGUAUAAUAUCUAUCCUAACAUGCGAAUAUGGACCGCACUUUACGGUGUUUCCACCUUAAUGUACACCAUCAUCAUUCAGAUCAGGUUCCGGGCCAUAAAAGCCUUGUUGCCAUAUGGUGAUGUAUAUAUAUUCACCGAUGCGCCAAAGGAUCGGAUCUUCUUGGGAGUCACCGUCUGUCUCUGGUGCACCACAAUCAUUCCAUUCGGAGUCGUUAUCGGCAGUCGCAAAUCCCAAAGCCUUUUCACCGCAGCAUGGACCGCCUACGUCCUGCUGGUAGACAACGUUAUAUCCUUCAUGUUCAUCUCUCAAGUCUACAAGUGCCAGGCUAUCCUGGGAGGAACUCGCCGAAAGGAAUGGGCCCGCGUCGUGGGCUCCUUGGCUUUCGUUUGCGUCACUAUGUGGAUAUCCGUCCUUUCAUUGGUUGCCGCCAACCUCUUUCUCGUUCCAUCGAAGAUUUUCUAUAGCUUUCAGUUUGUCUUCUGUUGCACACCCUUGCAAUUCUCUGGAGCAUUGGUGUUCAUUUAUAAUGCCCAAGCCCUUGUAUCGCCCGGACAUCGAACCCCAACGGACGUGGUUGACAGCAGCGGCGGGCCGAGCAGCGGCGGAGCUAAAGGCUUGUUUGGCACGAAGCACAGCGAUACGGGCUCCGCACCAAGAAAGAGCUUUGAAGCCUGA